AUGGGAGCCUCGGAGUCCAAACUCGUUUUCAGGCAGGGGAUCUUUCGUCUUUCGGAGGAGAAGAACAUACCUGCUGACGAUCCAUAUUGGACUGGCUUCUGGGAGCUUCCGGAAUCCGUUGAAGAUGUCUUCACAUUGUUUGCCCCCGUCGAUAUACGAAGAACCCGCGACACGGCACUAGGGAAUCUCGAGACUCUAUUGCUUGCGGUUACCUCUCGCCUUACGGCCCUCAGACACCAUCCAUCGUUUCCCGAUCCCCAACUUGCCCCGCCUCGCGAGGCACUGAACUGCAUCCGCGUACUUACACGGCUCUUGCCAUUCCUUUACGAAGCGGAACAUUUGGAGAUAUGGGAAGAGAAAUUUUUCUGGGGUCAGAGGAAGAGGAAAACACGCCAGGCACAGCUAGCGUCUCGGGUCUUGUUCGAUGAGUCUCGAAAUGAGGAAGAUCGCGAUGCGCAACCCCAGGAGGAAGAUUAUGAAGACGCAAAACCUCUUGCCGAAGAACUCCUUGAUACGUUGGUGGAUUUAUUGUUUUUCGCUGGGUUUACAAUACCGCAGCUACCGAGCACCAAGGGCAAGGUUCAAUAUUCAAUUUGGCAGAGCGGAAUAGGCUGCCAUACUUCCAUGGGGUCGAACAAGGAGCUCGAAAGCAAUCGGAUGGAGAUAUUACGACUCUUGCUAACAUUGACAGGCCAAUCUAUGUAUAUGCCACCAAACUUGCUGCCUGUUAAAGGGGUAAAGUCUCUGACAUAUCUCACGACCUGUCCGGACAAGAAGCUGGUUUUGUCAGUACUUUGCUCCUUGCUGAAUACAACUCUCAAGUAUAAUCCGGCGCCUUGGAAAAUGCCUUAUGACCACGUUGUUUGGAAAGAUUCCAGACAAAUACUCGUGAUAUACUCCUUACAGCUACUCCUUACACUAUUACUCUAUCCUAUUCCAGAGGGUGGAAAUGGUGCGCCACCGAAAAACUACUAUCGGCACUUUUUUGGAAGAUUACAUCAACCGCAAGAUUUCCAAUUUUUGGUCGAUGGGAUGACGCGGAUUCUCAAUCAACCAGUUCGCUUCCCCGCCCUCGCUCCCACAUCAUCAUAUCUUCCGGGAAGCCAGAAGUCCGUCAAGUGGGCUCCAGAGAUGAUGAUGCUGUUCUGGGAAGCGCUCCAGUGCAAUAAGAGAUUCAGAUCAUUCAUCGUUGAUUCGAGCCGUGCCUAUGACUUCAUAAUCAUCUGCCUUUUCUAUGCAAACGAAUACAAGACUGACCCUACAAAACAUGGUAUUGUCAAAAUGUGCGUGUUUUUACUACAGACCCUCAGUGUUGAACCCGGUUUUGGUUGCAAUCUAUUCAAAAAGUUCGACGCGCAAGAUACGCUCCCUCCUAGCAUAAGACUUCCUAAUUUCCGUGGCACAUAUGGGGACUUUCUUAUCAUUUCCAUCCAUACCCUAAUGUCUACCAGCAAAGGCAAACUAGAUGCGGUUUAUCCUGCGUUAUUGGCUAUCAUGAACAAUAUAGCAGCUUACACUGAACACCUCUCACCUGCAGCAUGCUCCCGGGUGAUUCAGUUGUUCGCAUCUAUGGCUUCCCCAAGUUUCCUUUUAGCCCAAGAGACGAAUCAUGUUUUAUUGUCUUCCCUUCUUAAAUUUAUUAAUACAGUGCUAGAGCACCAAUACAGCAAUAUUCGUACUCCGGUGCAAUCACUGAGUCACGUUCCUGAGGAAGACAGCGCCUUUGCUAUAGGGGACGAUGACUCCGACGAAGAGACCCAGCGUCAACCAACCCCGUCUCAGUCAUCCCCGUCUCUUGGGAACUCGGGCACCCCUUCACUAGCAUCACCUACGGACGAAAGCGUUCCACAUCAGCUUCGAGGUUUAUCCGAGAAGGCCCGUGGCAAGAUGCCGGCCGGCCAAGCUGCGUUCUCUCGGCAGAAUAGCAACACUAGUUUGAAUAGCUACGCUGCAGCAUCCAGUCUUUCGACGACUGCCAGCGGCUUUGUUCCGACUGCCGCUUGGAUUGAAUCAUGGGUUCCGGAGCUGCCCCUUCACACCAUUUUAACCGUUAUUUCUGCGAUAUCACCCCACGUUCAAGCAGCAGCCCUCGAAUCAUCUCUUAAUCCCGAGGCACGGACACUACUUUCCGAACUCCCAUCCUUUAAAGAAGAACCACACAUUCAAGCGGUACUUUCGGACCCAUCUCCCAUUCAGGUUCACCUGUUUGAAUGGUCCCCGCUCUCACUUGGUUGGUACGAGUCGUUAUUAUGGGGAUUUAUUUUUUCCAGUGAAAUGGUAGUGGGAUCGGCAUCCGGCUCGACGCCAGGGGCGGUUGGAGUCUGGAAUGGGACCGCUCUUAAGCUGUUUAGGGUCCAAGAAGCGGCUGCCCAAGGGCCAACGCUCUUAGCCCCGAAAGGUGCGGUAGACGCCGUAGGGUCUAGUAUCGUGCAGCGGAUUGGGAGCUUGAACCUCAGGGGUCGGUCGAGCGUUUCUCAAGAUGGCCAAGGCGAGUCGGAGAGUUUGAGGGUGCGAGAAGUUUAG